ACAGCAGUAAUGCAAAAACCAGUUGAAAAUGAAGCAGUUGCAGCAAUUGGUGUUAAUGAAGCCAUGGAUAAUAUUGUUUUCAGAACUUCAGAACAGGAGAUUCAUGAACAAGAUAGACCGAAGUCUGAGGUUGCAAGGAAUUCAGUUAGCACAUCUCAUGGCAGUGCAGCAAGUUUUCAAUCUUUUGCUUUUCCAAUAUUAACAGGAGAAGAGAAGGAAGCAACAACAAAAUUGGAAGCUAAGAAUGCAACUCCAGAGCCACAAGUUAGAGAAACACAUGAGGUUGUUGCAAAAACAGAGACACCCAAAGCAGCAACUAGCAGGAGGAAAUGGUUUGCAUGUUUUUCCUGUUGUUGUUCAUCACCAUGUUGUUGCUGAGAUAAGAUUAAU